CCACGUGGAGCGAUCCUUAAUCAUUAACGUUUCCCCAUCCAUCCCUGACGAGCUGUCACGGCCCCAUUGGGUGCCAGCCUGAGCAGCCAGCCUGAGCAACCAUGGGUCUCAACGACCACGAAGCCGAUGCUGCAGCGCCCAGCGACAUCAGCAACAUCCGCGAUGAACCCCCGCGAGAGCGUCGCUCCAAGAGUGGGCGCUCCAGAUCGGUCAAGGAUAAAGACUCCAAGGACGUCCACCGCCAUCGCUCACACCGGUCCUCCAAGCUGAGGACCUCCAUCGACGCCGAAUCGCCAUCCAUAACAUCAUCCACCCACCAUCGCCGCCACCGCACCAGAGAGGAGAAGGAGAGGGAUCGGGAGAAGAAAGAGAAGGCUUCUUCCAUGAAUGAUCUAGUACCCGAGCUCACCCGGACGUCGGUUGCUGGUAGCAGAGUCAGCCUCCCUUACCCAACCUUUAGCAAGGCGCACAGCAAAGAAGCUGUUCAUAGCCGCGAUGACCUAGGUGCCACUAAUCAUCAGGCCGACCCGUUGACUCCCGACCCAACCGACCUGGGAUCUGAGCACAGGCGGCGAUCCAAGUCUCCUGGACGCUCAAUAGACGAAGAAAAGCCUUCACGCAAAGAUGAUCGUCCACCCAGCCCUCCCGAGACAGAUUUAGCGAGUGAAAAGAAACGGCGCAGCAAGACCUCUAGCUCGAGGCUGCGGUCUGAUGGGUCGGAACGCCCAAGGUCUAGAUUAUCAGGUGUUUCUAGAUCAAGUUCGAGGCACGAAGAUAGGUCGAAGCUGUCUAGAUCUAAAUCAUCAAGCCAUGCGUAUGGCAAAUCCUCUACAUUGAAGCCACCCCCUAGCAUCCAGAUCAUGGAUGAAACCGCUUCCGGCCUGAGUGAUGGCAGGACUGCCGGCGCCCAAUCGUCUACAACCUCAGUUCCCCCGAAGAGAUCAGUUUCCACAAAGUCAACCAGGAUGCCCAGUCUCGACGCUGAUGACUCACCGGAAUCCGUGCAGGAUUCCUCGCCGAAAACUCCCACGGCAACAGCCCAAUUUCCCUCGCCACAAGUCUUCCCGGAUGAGAGUCAUAACCCCCGCUCAAACUAUAGCGACGAGAAAGACCGGCCAACACCCGUGGCGACGCCCGCCACCGACUUUGGCCCACCACCGCCUCCACCUCCUCCGCCACCAGCUCUAGAUAUCAGUGAGGUGCCGCGAAUCGACUAUUUACUCCAACACGGCGGUCUACAUCACCCCGUUCCUAAGCAUUUUCUCGAAGUCUUGCCCCGACAGAAUGGAAACCGGCCAUCGGACCCGCCCCUGUCUGGAUGUGAAACUCUAUUUGCGCCAUUUUUCAACCUUCUUAACCAGUAUCAGACCGUACUUCAAAAGCAAGGAUCAAUUGCGGUGGCCACGGGACACAGGUCAGUAGCGAGGCGCCUGCUCGACCGACUUGAAGAUGUCUUCUCUAGAGAUUUACCAGAGGAAGGAUGCACAUGUGUUAUGUGUGAGCAAGCGCCAGAGGAACAUCGAGGGUUAGGGUGGGGUGAGGUGCUCGAGCGCGUUGGCGGUAGAGUGGAAAUGCCUUCGUGGCCACCAUUCGAUCUCUCUAGUGUGGUUGCCACUGCUAUCGAAAGCACGGCGGAUCUACCUCCUCGACCGGCUUCACCAGUAAAACUGGAUCCUGACAUUGCUGAAGAAUUUCGAGAGCAUUACUUGCGGCAGACUAAGAAGGUUAAAUCGUCGGUGGACAAGUGGAUGAACAGCUGUGCAGAGACGCCUGCUCCUCCACCAUCUGAGGUAGAUGACGAGACACUCGCUUUCGCAAUUCUUACAAGCCUUAAUCAGGAAGAACGACCGUACUUUAACGCCUUGAUCUCUGGCUCAAAGGAGAUACAACCAACUCUACGAGCACCAACCCCUAUGCGAAAGUCUCGGCCAGAUUUCUUGGUGAAAACGGGACUUCAGCUCCAGCGUCUAUACCGUUUAUCGCAGGCACCGCGGGAUGCGGAAACUGCCGUGUUUCUUGUCCAGAAUCCUUUCCAUCAUGAUCUUUUCGCUACCAUGGUUGAUAUCAGCCCGCAAGAGUGGGAGAUUCUCAUUUCGGGUCGGUUCGACGGUUUCCUCUGGUCAGGUGCUGAUGGCGACGAUGCGAUGACACCUACAAUGGAAAACCCGCUAUCGCGAGGUGCUACCCCUGCAAAUAGCUUCUUCCCGCCGCCACCCACCCGACCAGCACCUUUCCCUCCAGGAUUGGGAGCACGGCAAGCAUCUGGCUUUGGUCAAUCCCGUAGCACGACCCCUUACUCAGGGUUCUACUCGCGUGGCACAACCCCGGCUUCGUUCAUCUCGCUUUCAUCAACAGCCACACAUAGUCAAAACCGGCAGCCCGUGUCUCAUGACGAAGAGGUUGAAAUGGCCGUCUUGGCAGAGGUCGAGCGAGAAAUCUACCAAGGUAUGGAGGCGCUUGAGGAUGCCUUUGAAAAAUUGCAUGUGCACGCGGAAGUAGUACGGAAUGCACUCCGACGACGCAACAACGGCCUCCUCAUGAGCCAGCAACAUCGUCGCGCUUCGCGAAUUGAUGUCCUACCGCAGCAUUCUGGAGGUUCAAUGGGCUACGAACGGCCACCUUGGGCCACAGGUGAUGAGGACGGUGUAACAAGCGAAAGUGACUGGGGUGGUGAUGAUUUUGACCUCGCCCCCGAGGAUUCCGCUAGUAACAUAUCCAGCUCACGACACAGAAGGCCAAAACGAAGGCAUGAGCGACGAACCCCUGCGCCUAUCGAGGAAGAUGACGAAGAAAACUGAUGGGAGAUUCCAUGACUUUCCGCAAAAUCCUCAGCUUGACUAAUCUGUUGCAAUUGCGAAAUUUACACCCUCUGAAAAAUGCUAGUACAUUUGGAGAUGGACGAAUGAUAUUCUUAUGGCAUGGCGAAUUUGAGACGGAACGAAAGCGAGAAUGGCAUCAUCUCUUUUUGUAGAUACCACGGCUUGGCAUAUUCUUUUUUUUUUAAUCACUGUUUUGUCUUUUAUCUGUGAGCUUUGCUAUUUCCCGAAGUUCACAUUCAGAAAUGCGGCAUGAAAAAAAUCAAUGACACUCCUCCUGGGGACCAUGCUAGUUGGUCGGCUGAGAGUCAAAAAAGGAACAUAAUCGGUCAAGUAUACAGACUCAAAGAUUGCAUUUUUGGGUUGGCUCAUUGCUUGCAACACGCUCUAUCUGCCUAGGAUCGAUUGUUCUUGGGAAGAAGGCAGGACAGAAAUGAA